GAUCACGUACGACAAAGCGUCCACCGCCCUGAGGAGGACUGUCCACUUCUUCUCCGCACUGCAGGCCAGUGAUGGCCACUGGCCUGCCGAGAUUGCCGGGCCUCUUUACUUCCUCCCUCCCUAGUCAUGUGUGUCUACAUCACCGGCCACCUCAACGCCGUCUUCCCUGCCGAGCAUCGCAAAGAAAUUCUCCGCUACCUCUACAACCAUCAGAAUGGAGAUGGUGGGUGGGGCUUCCACAUUGAAGGUCACAGCACCAUGUUCUGCACGGCCCUGAGCUACAUAUGCAUGCGCAUUCUCGGGGAAGGGCCUGAUGGUGGCCAGGAUAAUGCUUGUACUCGGGCCAGGAAGUGGAUUCUUGACCGUGGUGGGGUCACCUACAUACCCUCCUGGGGCAAGACUUGGCUCUCGAUUUUCGGCCUUUUUGAUUGGUCUGGAACCAACCCAAUGCCCCCUGAGUUCUGGAUCUUGCCUUCGUUCCUGCCCAUGCACCCAGCUAAGAUGUGGUGCUACUGUCGGAUGGUGUACAUGCCCAUGUCGUACUUGUAUGGGAAAAGAUUCGUCGGCCCCAUCACACCACUUGUUCAACAGUUGAGAGAAGAACUUCAUACUCAACCCUACGACACGAUUUGCUGGAGAAAAGUCUGCCAUCUUUGUGCCAAGGAGGAUCUCUACUAUCCCCAUCCCUUAGUACAGGAUCUGAUCUGGGAUAGUCUUUACAUAUUUACAGAGCCUCUUCUCAACCGUUGGCCAUUUAAUAAACUUAGAGAAAAGGCUCUUCAGGUGACGAUGAAACACAUUCACUACAAAGAUGAGAACAGUCGAUAUAUCACGAUUGGAUGUGUAGAAAAGGUUUUAUGCAUGCUUGCUUGCUGGGUAGAAGACCCAGACAGUGACUAUUUCAAGAAGCAUCUUGCUAGGAUACCGGAUUACCUUUGGGUUGCCGAAGAUGGAAUGAAGAUGCAGAGUUUUGGUAGCCAAGAGUGGGACACGGGCUUUGCCAUCCAAGCUUUGCUUGCCAGUAAUAUGACUGAGGAGAUAGCACCGGUAUUAGCUAGAGGACACGACUUCAUAAAAAAAUCUCAGGUCAAGGACAAUCCUUCUGGUGAUUUCAAAAGCAUGCACCGUCAUAUUAGUAAAGGAUCUUGGACAUUUUCGGAUCAAGAUCACGGUUGGCAAGUCUCUGAUUGCACUGCAGAAGGUCUGAAGUGUUGCUUGCUUUUCUCAAUGAUGCCACCUGAAAUUGUUGGUGAGAAGAUGGAGCCAGAGAAAUUGUAUGACGCUGUCAACAUUUUGCUUUCUCUACAAAGUGAAAAUGGCGGAUUGCCAGCAUGGGAGCCUGCAGGAGCUCCAGCUUGGCUAGAACUCCUAAACCCGACAGAGUUCUUUGCGGACAUUGUCAUCCAGCAUGAAUAUGUUGAAUGCACGUCCUCAGCUAUCCAAGCUUUAGUUUUGUUCAGGAAGUUGUAUCCUGGGCACAGGAAGAAGGAGAUUGCAGAUUUUAUAUCAAAUUCCGUAAAGUAUCUGGAGAAUGUACAAAAGCCAGAUGGCUCGUGGUAUGGGUGCUGGGGAGUUUGUUUUACAUAUGGCUCAUGGUUUGCGCUCGGUGGACUAGCAGCUGCUGGCAAGACAUAUAGCAAUUGUGCAGCUAUGCGCAAAGGAGUCGCUUUUCUUCUACGAACACAGUUGCAGGAUGGUGGGUGGGGAGAGAGCUAUCUUUCUUGCCCGAAGGAGGAAUACGUACCGCUUGAAGGAAACAGAUCAAAUCUGGUGCAAACCGCUUGGGCUAUGAUGGGCAUGAUUUACGCGGGGCAGGCAGAGAGGGAUCCGACUCCCCUGCACCGUGCCGCAAAACUGCUAAUCAAUUCACAAAUGGAAGACGGUGAUUACCCUCAACAGGAAAUCACUGGGGUUUUCAGCAAGAACUGCAUGUUGCACUAUGCCAAUUACAGGAACAUUUACCCAUUGUGGGCUCUCGCAGAGUAUUGUAGGCGGGUUCCCUCACCGUCAACAGCCCUUUGAUGAAACAAGGCAUACCAUCACAGCUUGCUUAUUGAGAAAACAUAGAUUUCACUCAAAAGAUGCUACCUUAAGCAUAAC